AUGAAGCUGCUUCCCCUCCCCCUUUUGUCCUUGUGGGCAGCUGUCGCGUCUGCUACCAUCGCCGCCAGCGAAUCCAACGCCGGAAUUAAUGUCAAAAAUGACCGCUUAACCUUCUCCGUCAGUAAAAGCGCCGGCACAAUCAACGGUCUCACGCUUGAUGGCCAGGAUCUUUUGGGUUCUGGCGGCCGACUCUACCUUGACUGUCACUGCGACAGUGGCUACUGGGAUGGGGGCUCGUUCCAGCUCUACAAGGGCACUGACCAGUCGGGGACAGAUUACGCGGGCGUGCGGAUCUCGGCAAAGGUCGGUAGCGGCAGAACCUUCGAGUCGUACUACUUCUUGAGAGAUGGCGAGACCGGGUUACACACCUUCGGUCGCGCUGCGUACCCGAACGGAGGUGCCCUCGGAGAGAUGCGCUUCCUCUUCCGGCCCAACACGGCCAUCUGGAAUCACCUUUCAUCGUCCGAUGAGAUGUGGUCAGUCUUGCCAACGGACGCUGGACGAACGACUGUCCAAGACACGACAUACCGCAUCUCUGGGGACGGCAUCGACGCUCAGUACCGAACUCAGAUGUCGGAUUACUUCUCCAAGUACAUGUUCUCCGAGUCCUGGGAAUACCAUACGCACCACGGUUUGUUUGCCGACGGCCAGGGCACUCGUGAUGGGUCUAGUUACGGGGCUUGGCUUGUCAUGAACACCAAGGAUACAUACUACAAUGGCCCGAAGUGGUCUGAUCUGACCGUCGACGGCAUUGUGUACAACUACAUUAUCUCGAAUCACCAUGGGAAUGGCAACCCCGACACGCAGAACUUCGAUCGCACUUUUGGCCCGCAAUACUACUAUUUUAACAAGGGCCCAAAGAAUGCUUCCGUCAACGACCUGCGCAGCGACGCCGGUCACUUUGCCGAUCCCAGCUGGAACGCUGAUUUCUAUGACUCCAUCGCGGAGUACGUUCCUGGCUAUCUUCCCACAUCUGCUCGGGGUACUUGGGCUGGCCGCAUUCAACUUCCAGAAGGAGUCACAGAACCCAUUGCAGUUCUAGCAAGCAACGGACGGGACUUCCAGGACAAUAACCUGGCCACCAAAGACCGGCAAUACUGGGGCGAGGUCAGUUCCAACGGCGAGAUCACCAUCCCUCGCGUCGCCGCCGGCACAUACCGAUUAACGAUCUACGGCACCGGCAUCUUUGGUCAGUACAUCCAGGACAACGUCGUCGUUAAGGCGGGGGACACAACCACAACAACGGCAACAUGGGCCGCCGAGUCCGCCGGCAGUGAGCUGUGGCGCAUCGGAACCCCGGAUAGGAGCAGCGGCGACUUUCGUCACGGCAAUGAGCGCGACGAAACGAGGACAAACAAGCCUAAGCAGUACCGCUUGUAUUGGGCGGUCCACGAUUUUCCCAAGGACUUUCCGGAUGGUGUGAACUUCCACGUUGGGAAAAGCGACAUCAAGCGGGAUUUCAACUACAUGCAGUGGAGCGUCUUUGGCGGCAAGGGGAACUCGAUACGACCGGAACCGUACUACACCAACGUCAACGCUUGGAAUGUGACGUUCAAUGCUACUCCCGAUCAGUUGGAAGGCAAGACGGAAGCUACCUUUACCGUUCAGCUUGCCGGCGUGAAGACUUCAGCCGGCAAUACCGAUGAUACGGGGAAGCCGUUUGCCAAUCUCGACUACACUGUUACCGUCAACGGCCGACCUCUUCCGGUUUGGACCAUCCCUGCCAACCACAGCAGUUCCUGUGGUGCGAGAUCCGGUGCUAGCUGCUACAACACACGCAACCUGUGGACCUUUGAUGCCAGCUAUCUCAAGCAGGGUUUGAACACCUUCACGCUGGCUCUCCCCGCUAGGGCAACCGCACCAGAGAGUGCCGUGCUCCCGGAAAGUGUAUAUCUACAGUAUGAUGCGUUGAGAUUGGAGGUUGCGUAAUAUAAGACCGCGAGAUGAGGGUAAAGUGCAUCAUAGCAACCAAUUCUCACCCCAACAUGAACCACGUCAAGCCUCAUGCUUCUACAACAAUGACACCAGUCACCUCUCCUCCACUCCACCUUUCACAACCCAGCUACCCCAAUCUGCCGGGUAUCUACCUAUCUUCACUUCUUUCAAGCUGCGGUGUCCCGCGGCGUGCAUUGUGUAACAAAGGCGCACGAAUUAGAGCCUUGGAUCGUUGUAUUCACCAGCCUCUGGCCAUUCCGCAGCUUUCCAUGCAGCAGCUCUUCCUCCAAUGGCCGUAAUCCUUACGAGCCAUAGGCUCAGGCUCGUUCAGUGGAGUUGCACUUUGCUUCGUUCGAGC